CGCGCAUCGAUCGAUCGACCAAUGUCAAAUUAAUUUGUCCUUGAAUAUUUUCAUUAUUCUGAUUGGAUAAAAGGACAAAUUAGGAUCAAUGCAGUUUAGCCCAGCUGUUUUGUCAGAAACAAAGACACUGAAAAGAGAAGUCGUAUUACAUAUAUUCACUUGCUUGCUUACCUACAAUUAAUAUUAUCUCAGAUUAAUUGAGGUGUUUAUUUUGAGGAAAGAGGCGGGCUUCUUUUAUGGAAUUCCUCAUCAAUAAUCAAUAACAACGUUACAUAACAAUUAAGAAAAAAGCGCAAAUAAAUUGAAUUAUUAAUCUCCUUAAAUGAUGACAUCCAAUACAACAAUCCCCGGAUUAGCAUUUUAUGAUUCUCUUGUGAAUAAUGAUAUAACCGAAUCGAAACGAUUGGUAGAAAUACAUAAAAUUGACUUGAAUGCACGACUGAGUCAUGUUCGUAAACGAAAUCACACUGAUCUAUGCCCUGUCCAUCUAGUUGCAUAUAAAGGCAAUUUAGCUAUGCUACAUUAUUUAAUACAGAAUGGUGUGAAUGUUCAUCAGCCCACUUGUACACUUCAACGUUGUCCAGUUCAUUAUGCUGCAUUACGUCAACAAGUGUCAUGUCUACAAAUGUUGUUGAAUGCUGGAGCACAAAUUGAUGCCCGUGAUACAUUUGGCAAUACUCCGUUACACUAUGCAGCUGAAGAUGGCGAUGGUGGACUGUUAAGUCUCCUGUUGAACAACGGGGCUUCUGUUGAUGCUCAAGAUAUUACCAAUAAAACUCCAUUGAUGAAAGCAGCACGUAGUGGUAAAGUAUGGGCAGUUCGAAGACUUUUAUUAUUUGGAGCUAAUGUCAAUGUGAAAGAUCGUAAUGAUGAGACCGCCUUACACUUUGCCUGUCGACAAGGCUCAACAGAAAUAACACGAAUGCUUAUCAAGGCAGAAUCACGUUUAAAUGCACAAAAUCAAAUUGGUUUAACACCCUUAAUGGAAUCUGUAUCGUAUAAUCAACGUGAAGCUGUUAGCCUACUCAUAAAACAACGUGAUAUUGAUUUGUAUAAAAGAGAUUUUUGUACAGGUGAUACAGCAUUACAUAUUGCUGUGAAAAAAAAUUAUAUACAUAUUGUAGAAAUAUUAUUACGUGCAGGGAAUUGGUAUAUUGAAUACAAUUACAAUAAUUUGGGUGAAUCAUUUGUACAUGAUGUGAUCGCCUAUAAUAGAUUAGAAUUGUUACGUUUAUUCUUAGCGUAUAAUUAUGACCUAGAUAGACCAGCGAAACGUCUUCCGCCUAAUAUUCACUUGCUGGCCUCAUCAUCAUCAAGUAGUCUGAAUAGUGGAAAAACUCAACAAAGUAUCAUUACACCAACAUCAUCUGUCCACUCGGAGACAAAUACACGAACAACACAAUCACCGCAAAUUAAUUUAUUUGAAAAGUCACCCUUUCAAAUGGCAUUAGAACGUGGUCAUCUUGAUAUGGCAAGAAUAUUAGCUGAAGUUGGUUGUUUUUGUACACGACUGCCUAUCAGUUCAACGUCAAUGUCAUCUGUCUGUACAAAUUCAUCACAGAAUAACUCAGAGACAAAUACAAUCAAUCCUCUGUUGAGAUCUUCCCAAGCGCAUCAGUUGAAUCCUUUAACACGUCGUUAUAAUGGUCUACUGGAAGUGAAAUCCUUACAGAAAUGGUGUCGUAAAGUUAUCCGGCAUAGACUUGGUUUUCGUUUAAUUGAAGCAUUGCCACAUUUGCCUAUACCAGUCCCAUUGAAAGAUUUUCUCCUGUUACGUGAUUUGGAUUGGUCAGUUUAUUUAACCAAUAGAAAUUCAACAACAGUCAAUUCAGGGGAAUUAGCUAUUAUAGUACCACCGUGAGAAUAGUGGUAAAAGUAGUAAAUCUUCUUCUACGCGGAUCAUCGCGCAUUUAUUUCAAAACAGUCUAGAGAUUAGAUAAUCACCCCCCCACACACACACACACAGGAAUACAGACAAGUGAUACUGGAUAUUAACUAAUCAAUUAUUAGGUUUAUACCAAAUAUAUACACAUAUACAUAUAAAUAUUAUCAUAAUAAAUAGCAUACAUAGUUUAGGAGACUAACUAAGCAUUUGUGGACAUAACUUAUAUAUAUAUACUCACAGAUACACACACACGCAUGCACCUACAGGGACAAAAAUACAGACAAACAAAUGGACACACAAAAUAAAUGAAUAUUGUUACAUCUGCAGAGAGAGGAACUAACUAUCCGUCUACUCUGAUUGAUAUAUUUACAACCGCCA